AUGGCUGUCCCGAACGAUAUCAUCGACAUCUCCCCAUCUGCCAUACCCUCCCAGCCGCCACCCAGCGCGUCGCAUCGACUGCCCACACAAUCUGCAUCUGCUGCUCUACUCGGUCUGAAUAGCAAAGGGCCGUCGUUCCUCACUACUGGUAUUGGGUCUUUGGAUCGACAGCUUGCGUCACAUGCACGGAAUGGAGAGGGUGGGGUUGAGAAGGGUAAGAUUGCGGAGAUCUGGGGUCCUGUUGGGGGUGGGAAGACGGCUUUGGCCUUCCAGACGGCUAAGGGAGUAUUGAAGAGUGGGGCGAGUGUUGUAUGGAUCGACUGCGCGACCUCGCUGAGCGGUGCUAAGUUACAGGGCUUAGACUCUGCUGCAGAAUGGUUCCACUACGUGGCAGCGUCGACAUUAUCGCAUCUUCUGGCACUGAUUAUCAGCCCGCCAGCAGGAUUUAUCUCACAGAAGACCACGCUGCUUGUGGUGGACGGACUCAACACACUUGUCGACCUCGACUAUCCACGUCUGCCAUUCAAUAACAGUACAAGGACAGAGCAGCAAAAGUGGCAAGCCGGCCGUCGAUAUGCCAUUCUAGGCUUCAUCGUCACCGCAUUUAGCAAACUCGCAGCACUACAUGACCUGGCAGUGAUCGUCACGACUGGCUGCUCCUCGCGCAUGAGACACGACAGUGGACUUGGAGCUUCAAUCGGACCAGGCAUAGGAGGUGCGGAGUGGGAGAACGGCAUUUCAUCCCGUGUGCUUGUGUUUCGGGAUUUUCAUGGCCGUUUCAUUGGUGUCCAGAAGUGUCAAAGCCGCAACAUCACUCCAUUAGAUCCGGUUGGCGACGUUAGGAACGUUGUCGGCUUCGAGAUCACCGCGAGUGGGGCGCUGGAAGAGCAGAUCAUUGAUCUGACGAGCAGUUCUACAGAGGGCGCUCCUGCACCGAAGCCAACGAUCCUGCCAAGUCCGGCGAAGGUGGUGCGAAAGCGUAUCUACGAUGAGAUCGCGGACUCUGAAGACGAUGAAGAUGAGUAUGGGUGGGCCGAAGCUGACGAAGUUGCGAUCGCUACUCAGACCAUACCGGAGAGGACCGCCCACGAAAAGGCGCCAGAUGCGACCUGA